UAUUUUGCUGGGACGACAUAUGUGGCUAAAUUUUCAAAUCAAAUUUUCCAAAAGGAACGAUCUCAUUAAAUUCUCCCAAAAUGUAUCCCGAUCCAAUUUUUUCAGCCCACACGUUAUUUUAUUUUAUUUUUCAUCGUCGUUUUUCCCACACAAACGGAUGCCACGUUUUCAGGCUCCUCAACCUUUAAAAAUAAAAAUUGCUCACUCUCCCAAGUUUCAACUCACUUCAAAGUUGAAUCAAGCUAGCACCCCCAUCACUCUCUUCUCUCCCCGAAGCCCUUCCGGCCCUUCACAAUGGAGACAUGGAUCGAGGAUCUAGCCGACGACCUCCAGAGCCUAAGCUUCGCCUCCACCACCACCGCCACCGAUAUCAAACGAAGCACAAGCUCCGGCUCAGAAUCAACAACCUUAACUGACUCAACCUCUGCCCGCCUGGCUUCACUCCCACUCGUUACCACUACUAAACCCCACGCACCUUCGUCGGACCCUUGUUGGGCUGCCAUCCACAGAAUCCGAUCGGAGUCCCCGAGCCAGCGCAUAGCCCCCUCAGACCUCCGGUUCAGCCACCGGCUGGGCUCCGGCGACAUAGGCUCCGUCUACCUCACGGAGCUCAAAUACACCAGCAAUGGCAAGGAGGGUUGCGUGCUAUUCGCGGCUAAAGUGAUGGACAAGAAAGAGCUCGCGAGUCGGAGCAAGGAAGGGAGGGCGAGGACAGAAAAGGAAAUUCUCGAAUUGCUGGACCACCCGUUUCUUCCCACUCUCUACGAGACCAUAGACGCGCCCAGAUGGAUCUGCCUCUUGACCGAGUUCUGCCCCGGCGGUGAUUUGCACGUGCUCCGACAACGACAGCCCAACAAGCGCUUCCAUGAACCCGCCGUCAGGUUUUAUGCGUCAGAAGUGGUGGUGGCUCUAGAAUACCUUCAUAUGCUGGGGAUAGUGUAUCGUGAUCUCAAGCCCGAGAACGUGUUAGUUCGAUCGGACGGCCAUAUCAUGCUCACUGACUUUGACCUGUCGUUAAAAGGCGAUGAUUCCUCAUCAACGGCUCAGAUCAUUUCUGAACAAAACCCGGCUCCCUCGGUCCCACAGAAUAAGGAUUACCACGUUGAUCCCCCUCCUUUUGCCUCCUCUUCCUGCAUACUUCCCAACUGCAUAGUUCCCGCUGUAUCGUGCUUUCACCCAAAACGAAAGCGCAAGAAGAAGCAGAGCCUGCGUAACGGUCCUGAGUUUGUGGCCGAGCCUAUUGAUGUGCGGUCCAUGUCAUUCGUUGGGACCCACGAGUACUUGGCGCCGGAGAUAGUGUCCGGCGAGGGACACGGUAGUGCGGUGGACUGGUGGACGUUGGGCAUAUUUAUAUUUGAACUGUUUUACGGUGUGACGCCGUUUAGGGGACCGGACAAUGAGCUAACCCUAGCUAACAUCGUGGCUCGAGCCCUCGAGUUCCCAAAAGAACCAGCCGUGCCGGCCACGGCGAAGGAUCUUAUCUCGCAGUUAUUGGUGAAGGACCCGACGAGGCGGUUAGGUUCAAAGAUGGGUUCGUCGGCGAUAAAACACCAUCCCUUUUUUCAAGGCGUGAACUGGGCAUUGUUGAGGUGUACCCCUCCACCCUAUGUGCCCCCACCUUAUACUAAAGAAGCUGUAUCUGACGAAAGCUGUCCCGAGACUCCUAUUGAUUAUUACUGAUAAUAAGUAUAAUAAUAAUGCAGUAAUUAGUAAGGCGGUUGCACAAAAUUCAAUGCUUUUUCUUCAUUUAUGUCUGUCUGGUCUUUCAUUAGAUUUCAAGCAAGCGUCGCAUACUGAAGAAAAAUGACUAAGAUGAAAUUUAUAUAAUCCACCCAAGCUAGCUGUUUUGAGUGC